CAGCAUUUUCUGAUUACACACAUAUGCCCCAUGUCCAAAGGCCAGUGUUGUCAUUAAAAGCUGAGCACGCUGUGACGGUGACCAGUGCAAAGCCAUGGCGGACAGGCAGGAGGAACGGGCGCAGCCGGUGGAGAGGCCAGGGCGACUGACUGCAGUCCUGGCUCUGGCGGCGCUGGUGUCUGCGUUCGGCUCGUCCUUUCAGUACGGAUAUAACGUGGCCGUGGUCAACGCUCCGGCAUCGUUCAUGCAGACGUUCUAUUUCUUCACCUACCGGGACCGGUAUGAAAUAGAAAUGGAUGCCAACCUCCAGACUCUACUGUGGUCUCUGACUGUGUCCAUGUACCCGUUAGGGGGCUUCUUUGGCUCUUUGAUGGUGACGCCACUGGUCAACAAACUGGGGAGGAGGGGGACUCUCCUCUUCAACAACGUCUUCUCCAUCGUCCCGGCUGUGAUGAUGGGAGCCAGUGAGGUUGCCAAGUGUUUCGAAAUGAUCAUUCUGGCGAGGUUCAUAGUUGGCAUCUGUGCAGGUCUCUCGUCACAAGUGGUGCCCAUGUAUUUGGGAGAGCUUGCUCCCAAAAACUUGAGGGGAGCCAUUGGCAUCAUUCCACAGCUUUUCAUCACCAUCGGCAUCCUCAGUGCACAAGUGCUGGGCCUCCGAGAAAUACUGGGCAACAGAGAAGGUUGGACCCUCCUGCUGGGUUUGACAGGGAUUCCUGCUGCCAUAGAGCUCCUGAUGCUGCCCUUCUGUCCAGAGAGCCCCCGGUACACGCUGAUCCAAAGGGGGGACGAGACCAGAGCAAAGAAAGCGCUUCAGCGUCUGCGUGGCCGGGACGACGUGGACGCAGAGCUGGAGGAGAUGCGUGUGGAGGACCAGUCGGAGAAGGACGAAGGCCGUCUGUCGGCCCUCUCGCUGCUGUCCCAGCGCUCGCUCCGCUGGCAGCUGGUCACCGUCGUCGUCCUGAACAUGGGCCAGCAGCUGUCUGGAGUUAAUGCGGUCUACUACUAUACAAAUUACAUAUACAACAUUGCCGGAAUCCAGGAGAACCACGUCCAGUACGUCAUCGUUGGAACAGGAGCAGUGAACGUACUCGUGACUGUAGCAGCUGUGUUCGUGGUGGAGGCCUCCGGGCGCCGGCUGCUCCUGCUCUGCGGCUUUGGGAUCUGCUGUGGAGCGUGCGUGCUUCUGACCGUCAGCCUCGGCCUCCAGGACCGUGUGACCUGGAUGCCGUACUUCAGCAUCGCCUGUGUCAUCGUCUACAUCAUGGGACACGCCAUAGGACCCAGCCCCAUCCCCUCCGUGGUGACCACCGAGAUGUUCAGGCAGUCGGGCAGGUCUGCCGCCUUCAUGGUGGCGGGCGCCGUCCACUGGCUCUGCAACUUCACCGUCGGCCUCGUCUUCCCCUACAUGGCGAGAGGCCUGGGCCCCUACUGCUUUAUCCUCUUCGCCGUCGUCUGCCUUGUCACGCUGCUCUACAUCUGGCUGCUGGUCCCGGAGACCAAAAACAGGACCUUCCUGGAGAUCUGCCACAUGUUCGCCAAGAGGAACAAAGUGGAGCUCGGGCUGGUCGACGGGGGUCUGCCGCUGGAGGGGAGCGGGGCCACGGCCACGGCCUUCUGAAGGAGCCCGGCAGCGAGGGGGGGAGGAAGUGGUCUCUGUGGGCGGGAUGGAGACGGGC